UACCGAUAAUGACUGAAUAUUGCGCAAGGUCAACGUCAACACCGUCAUUUGCUGACGAUAAGUUCGCAAUUGUGGCUAGUGAAAUAACGAAACGAAGUGAAUGUACAAUGUGAGUGUUGUGAAAAUUUGCAAUCCUUCAAAAAUCAUGAUCAAAUUAAAUAGAAAUACGUUACGAGUACUUGCGUUCGCAGUAUUGUGUGUUCAUGUUUUAAAAUGUCAAGAAGUCGAUAGCCCUGCGCCUGAAAUUAGUAAACCUUUAGAUCAAGUUUCUUCGUCGUCUACUACAUCUACCACAACAGUUAAAUCCAUAAUUGAGGCUGUUUCUACAUCAUCGUCGCUGUUAGAUCAUAACAACAACAGUGCCAAGCCACUGUCGUCAUCUCCCCCUUCAGCUUCACCUUUACCCUCUACAGCUAUACCAAAUGUAGACGUUAAAAAUAAUGUCAACAGGUCUAGUAGUAGUUCUCAACCACCAUCUGAAGUAACGACUCCAACAGCAAUUAUAAGUUCAAGUGUAAAACCAAACAACACAAAUGGUAGUUCCACGACACCUUCAGCAGACCCUGUUUUACCUGCGAAAGAAUCGGCCGAAGAUGAACAUAAUAGUUCUAUGGCGAUUUUCUUUGUAUUAUGUGUCCUGGCUCUAGGAAUACUUCUUAUUCACUUCAUGUUACAGACAGGAUUCCAAUAUUUGCCAGAAAGUAUCGUAAUAGUUAUUCUUGGUGCAAUUGUAGGCAUGACCUUGAAUGCUUUAUCUAACAGAAAUAUUAGCAAUUGGAGAAAGGAGGAAGCAUUUUCACCAACUGCCUUUUUUCUGGUACUUUUACCUCCAAUCAUAUUUGAAUCAGGGUACAAUUUGCACAAAGGUAACUUUUUUCAAAAUAUUGGAUCUAUACUAGUUUUUGCAAUAUUUGGAACAACAAUCUCUGCAUUUAUUAUUGGUUUUGGAGUCUACUUCCUAGGAUUAGCUGAGGUGGUUUAUAAAUUAAGCUUUGUUGAAUCUUGUGCUUUUGGAUCCUUGAUUUCUGCAGUUGACCCUGUUGCUACAAUAGCAAUUUUUCAAGCUCUAAAUGUCGACCCUAUUUUGAAUAUGUUAGUUUUUGGUGAAAGUAUCUUAAAUGAUGCAAUCGCCAUAGUAUUGACAACAGCAGUUUUGGAGUCUAAUAAUCCUCUUAUGUCAACAGGAGAGGCUAUUCUACAAGGUUUUAACAGGUUUUGUUUGAUGUUCUUCGCAUCUGCCGGUAUUGGUGUUCUGUUCGCCCUUGUCAGCGCAUUGCUUUUAAAGCAUAUUGAUUUACGAAAAAAUCCUUCUCUUGAAUUUGGAAUGAUGUUGGUCUUCACAUAUGCUCCUUAUGUAUUAGCUGAAGGUAUACAUCUAUCUGGAAUAAUGGCAAUUCUGUUCUGUGGAAUUGUAAUGUCUCACUAUACCCACUUUAAUCUGUCCACUGUAACGCAGAUUACAAUGCAACAGACCCUUCGAACAUUAGCUUUUAUUGCUGAAACUUGUGUGUUUGCCUAUUUGGGCUUGGCACUCUUCAGCUUUAAACAUCGUGUUGAACCUGCUUUUAUCAUUUGGAGUAUCAUUCUUUGUCUUAUUGGCAGAGCCUGCAGCAUUUUCCCGCUUGCAUUUCUAGUUAAUAAAUUUAGAGAGCACCAAAUAACAAAAAAGAUGAUGUUCAUUAUGUGGUUCAGCGGCCUGAGGGGUGCAAUUUCGUAUGCCUUAUCUCUUCAUUUAAGCUUCAGCGACGAAACGAGACAUGUUAUAAUUACAACUACUCUUAUUAUUGUCUUAUUUACUACCCUAUUCUUUGGCGGCUCUACAAUGCCCCUUCUGAAAUUUAUGCAAGCCACUAAGAACCCCGCAAGAAGAUCUAGAAAGCGCAAGAAGGACAAAGAAGUAUUUUUAAGUAAAACCAAAGAAUUGGGACAAACUUUAGAAUCAGAACAUUUAUCAGAAACUACAGAAGGAGAAAUGGAUGUGUCUUUUGCUUCUGCUCGAAUUAAAGGCUUUGCAAAAUUGGACUUGAAAUAUUUCAUUCCAUUCUUCACAAGGAGGUUUACUCAACAGGAACUGAAAGAUUGUAAAAGCCAAAUGACGGAUCUAACAAACCAAUGGUAUCAAGCGAUUCGAAUAUCACCAGAUCAUUCGGACGAAGAGCCAGUUGUUCCGGCAACAACAUCCAGAACUAGCAGCAUAUCGAGCAUCGUUCGCUGACUAGGAGCAGAAGAAGGAGAAGUUCAACCAUUUUUAAUUAAGAAAAGACCCUAAUUGGCAAUUUUAAAUUAAUUUUAAUCCCAGUUAUACCCUAUCGCGCUUAUUACAAAACCCUUCUAAACAAUAUGCAGUACUUAUAAAUGCAUACAUGUGUGUAAAGUACGACGUAUACAUCGUUUUUUAAAAUAUAUAUAUAUAUUUCCGUUUUAACUGCAUGAUUAUUACAGGGUUUUAUUAAAUAUAUUUCAAAUGUCACGAAAAAAUUCAAAUACUUUCGUUCUGAUAUAUGCAAGUCACAGUUGUAUAUUUUUUGAAGAAAUAUUUUCCGUUAUUAGGCGAUCUAAUUAACAAGUGAAAAGGCAAAGGUUUUCACAGUCAACAUUAUCUGAAAAGGGUUCGAUAUUCGGGGUUGAUGGCCGUGGUAUAGGUUUGGUUAGUACACAGAUGGAAUAGUUUAUUCGACGUUUCGCCAGCUGCUGUGGUUGAGACAGUCUCAGCACAACCUGAAGCGAUGGAUUUACGCCCUCUCGUUCGUUCCGUCACAGCAGCUGGGGAAACUUAGAAUAAAUAACUCCGUCUGCAGACUUGCCAAAGCCUGAAUAUGGGCCCCUCUUUCAAUUAACUAGUAUUUUUCAAAAAUAGUAUUUAUGAGUUCCUGUGUUGUUUUUGUUUCCUAUUUUUGUUUUUUUGU